AUGCGACUGCUCUACCAAACUUCUCUGCUGGUCAUGUCGCUGGUCAUGGCCACCAACAUCCUAAGCGCCUCGGCCACCACAACCUCUCAUCACGCUCAAGGAGGAGGAAAGCACCACGAGGCUUGGAAGUACUUUACAUUUGAGAAGGCGACAGUACCUGAAAAAAAGAUCUGCAAAAGUCUCGAAAAACUGUGCAAAGCCGCAGGAGAACCUAAGGUUGUCGUCACGCACGGCAAGUGCGUGUACAAGUACGGCACGGGCAUCAAGGCAUACUGCACCUCCGAGGCGAACCACGGAAACACUUUCGACAUCAUCGAUGAGCUCGCCGGUAAGCUGGACCUGACAUACGCCUCAAGGAAGAAGCGGCACAGAGAGUGCGAGAAUUACAUGGAGGGCUGGUGCAAGCGUAAAUCCGGGGGCCGCAAGACGCUCUCGGGCACCAAGGGCACCUACAAAUGA